GCGAGAUGGGGAGUUUCUUAGUGCUGCUGCUUUAGUCUGGUGCGGUCGCCGCAUUUAUGGUUUGAUGCGAAAGACUGACUGAUACACAUGAUCGAGCCGGGAAGAAUACCAACAACUAAUUCUUCUAUUACGUACAUGAUUCAACGAUAAAGUUGUACAAAGUUGUAAAAUCUUUGACGUUUCUAGAUGCUUGUCUGCAAUUCCUGCGAUAUACUCAGGUGAUCCAUAGGCAGAUUCCAGAUGUCCAUCGAUCUCCUCAAUUGGGACACCCUCACAACAGGGCCUGAUGGGGAUGCGCUAGCUGAAAAGAUUCGAAACUUCAUCCAUGAAAAAUUCCAGACGGUGACUCUCCCACGUUUCAUCAAGAGUGUCAAGGUGCACGAGUUUGGAUUUGGCUCCAUCGCUCCAGAAGUUGAGAUCAAAGAUAUAUGCGAUCCUCUACCAGACUUUUACGAGGAGACUGAAGAUGAUUACGGCGGAGAAGACGACUAUGAGGAGGCCGAGGAUGACGGCAGGUCAAAAAAUACAGAUCACGAGACCUUACGAGAAAGACGAAGGAUGGACCGUCUCGAGAGAACAAACGGCUCAUCACAAAGCUCUCAUCCUCCAGCAUAUAUCGAUACUAAGACACUCGGUAUGAGGCCAAUGCAGUUUCCAAAUGAUGUUGGAAGUCCAUUUCUUGGUGUUAGCACCCCAGGCAUACCUGGGGGAACAUCGAAUCUUCAUUACUUUCACUCUCAAUUAGCUACUGGCCUGUCUGGUACGCAAACACCUUUGGCUGCCGUCGCUGGCGCACAUUACCCCAAUGGAUGGCCAGAUUACGCAAACAUGUCCUCCUCGAAUGGAUUGGGCCAUCGACAUACACCUAGCGGAAGCUCCUUGUCGCCUCCACCUACCGCAGAUGCUGCCCAAAGAUCUCUCCGCGAGAAGGCAAGCGUCUCAACAUUAGCAACAUCAAAUUCGACAACGAGACCAAAGACAAGUGAGGGUUUCGUUGAGCCUCCAAUCGAGGAAGAGCCAACCUCACCACCACGACGUUUUCGAGAACCUCGCAUCGAAGACCUGCAGACAAUCUUUCGAGUACGCUAUUCAGGAGAUGUCAAGCUUUCGCUCACUGCUGAGAUCCUGCUAGACUAUCCAAUGCCAAGUUUUGUCGGUAUACCAGUCAAGCUGAAUAUCACAGGCUUGUCUUUUGACGGAGUUGCAGUCUUGGCAUAUAUUAGGAAGAGAGCACAUUUCUGUUUUCUCUCACCUGAAGACGCUUAUGCAGCUAUUGGAGCAGAGGAUGAAGCAGAACACAACUCUGGCAUAAAAAUGGGUGGGCUCCUCCAUGAGAUCAAAGUUGAGAGUGAGAUUGGACAGAGAGAAAAUGGGAAACAGGUUCUCAAAAAUGUAGGGAAGGUGGAAAAGUUUGUCCUUGAGCAGGUUAGGAGAAUCUUUGAGGACGAGUUCGUGUAUCCAAGUUUCUGGACAUUCUUGGUUUAGAUGCAUAAGCACCGCUCUACUCAAUUGCUUGUAUGGCAUAAAUUAAAGAU